GCACCCGGCGAUGCAAAGGGGCCGGCUCGGGCUGCACAGGAACCUGGCGUCCAGACGUCGUCUGUAGAGCUGCUCUGUUUCCCGUUCCCCUCCGCUCUUCUAGCUCCUGUGUGUGUGGCACUUCAUAUUUAAGUAUGGACCGGUUUGAAGAUAUAUCAGAUGGCGAAGUGGAUCAUGCUUUCUUUGACAGCGAUUUUGAGGAAGAGAAAAAGAAAGCUGAAGAAAAUGUUGAAUGUGUAGAGAAAGGAAGUACAAAGGCAGCUGCUGCAGACCCCGAUCUGGUUCCUAAUUCAAAAGAUAGUUGCCAUGAGAAAGAAAGUGAAGAAAAGCAGACACCUUUGCAGAAGGAUCAGUCCUUUAAAAAUAGCACAGAUCAUCCUGGAGAUGCUUCAUCUUUGUCACUUUCUCCAGUUGUGGAGAAUGCAGGUACAUCUGGAGCAGCGUCUGCAGCAAGUGUGAGAACACAGGAGAAUGUUCCUGCAGGAAUCCCCAAAAUAGUUAAAGAGAGUGAAGAUGACUAUUACACAGAUGAAGAAGAUAGUAGUGAUGAUGGCAAGAAACAGAAGGUUAGACCAAAGUCAGCUAAGCAAUCGAACAAUAUAAAAAAGGCAAGCAAAAAAUACACUAAUAUCAGCUCCUCCUCCUCUUCUUCCUCUUCCUCAUCCUCCUCUUCCUCUUCAUCUUCAAGCUCAGAUACAGAUUGUUCUGAUACAGAUUCUGAUAGCUGUUUAUCGGAUUCAUCACAUUCUUCCCCAAAGAGGAAUGCUUGCAGGAAUGCUCUUCUGUCUCCAAAACAAAAAUUCAAGUCAGCAAUGAAGUUAGCAGAAGAUAGAACGAAGCUCGGUGACUACCUGGAGGAGUCUGAAGACACAGUGACUGAUGUAACCCCUCUGUCAACUCCAGACAUCAGUCCUAUCCAAUCUUUUGAACUUGCAGCAUCAAAUGAUAAGAAACUAAAAGUAAAAAGACAGGAACAUGUGAACCAAGAAUUAUAUGAUUCCGAUUUAGAUCGCAGAUAUAGUCGAAAAGUCUUGCAUGAUGCCAUGGACCUGAAUCAGCUUUUGAAAGCUUUCCUGCAGUUGGAGAAAAAAGAACAAAAACUAACCAUUGAUCCACCAUCAAAGGGAGGAAGGAAAAAUUAUUCUUUCACAAAUGAAGAAGUGAGGCAGAUUGAUCGGGAAAACCAAAGGUUGCUAAAAGAACUGUCCAGACAGUCUGCAAAGCCAAGGAGGAGCACCACGUUGAAGAAGUCAGCUGUACCGUCUCCUAGAUUGUAUCACAGUGCCCUCAACAGGCAAAAGGAGCAGCAAAGAAUUGAAAGGGAAAACCUGGCUUUCCUGAAGAGACUGGAAGCUGUGAAACCAACAGCUGGUAUGAGGCGUUCUGAGCAGUUGUUGGACUAUCAGCGCCAGAUGAGCUAUCUAAGUUCUUCACCAUCUGUAAGAAGAGGAAAAUCUGCUUUCAGCCAGCUUAGUCCUUCAAGAGGCACUUCAAGAGCAUCCACUGUACCAAGUACAAUGAGCCAGAGGAAUGAAAAGCCUGUGUCUGAUUCAGCCACUGGGGCAUUACAGAGACCUAAACCCACUAAUGUUCGUGCUGCAUGGCUAUAAGUGCUGUGUUCUCUGCCUCAGUGUAGUGUGACCCUCAGACUUGUGGUUUGAGUGCUUUUGUAAAUGGUAUGUGAACAAAUAUUUCCUGCAUCGUUCAGUGCUUAAAAUGCAUUGCGUAUGAUGUAAU